AUGAAUCAUACUCAGAACAAAGAGUUUGUAAACCUACCAAGCUCUAAUACUUCAAGGAAUUAUUCUCAUUGUUCUCAUAAACUGAAUUCUAAAUAUAUUUAAUAGAUGCCUCAUAAUGAGUUUUUUAUGCAAUAUCCUUUACAACCAAAAGACUCAACAAGUUAUGAUAUGAAUGGUUUUGAUAUAGAUAAUAGAGAUCCACAUAUUAUUGAGUCUUGUUCAAAUAGAAGCAAAUAAUUAAACACCUAAAAUGCAAUAAAAUUAUUUGUAUAAUAUUAUUUCAUUUAGGAAAGAAGAAGAAUUACAUCACCAACUAAUAAACAAAAGAUGAAAAAUACAAGAAUGGAAUAGUUGAUAAUAAAAUUUAUAGAUAAAUUAAAAAUAAGCUCCAAUCAAUAUGCUGAAUGUUAUUGUGUAAAUCAAUUACUCUAGACAGGAUAAUCAUAUGAUAAUGUAACUGAAAAUUUUAAGGAGAGUACAAAAUUUAAUUCCUUUAAGAAUUCAAUUAAAAUUCCUAUUCCUCGUUAUAGCAGAUUUAGAGAUAUAUGGAAAAAGAUCAUGUAAAUAACUUAUAUUACAACUCUUUUAUUCUCCCCAUUAAUUUUGAUAUAUCCCAAUAGUUCAGAAAUUAUAUUACUCUUGUUUUCUUUAUUAAUCCUUAAUGUUUUAAAUAAUCUCCUUAAUCUAUACACUAGCUACUAUUAAAACGACAUAGAAAUUACUAAUCUUAAAUAAAUUUAAUUUAAUUACAUAAAAAGAUAUCUAAUUAAAGAUAUUUUUGUCUAUUUAUCUUUCAUAUUCAUACUGCAAUUUUGCUUGACUGAUUUGUACAUAACAAUUAUAGGUAUUAUAGUUUUGAAUAUAUUAACAAUUCAGAAAGUUAAAUUACACAACCCUUUAUCAUAAUAACUUGUAGUAUUGUUAGCAUAUAGGUUUAGUAUUGCAAUCUGUUAUUGUCAUCUUUUCACUCUUAUUCAAAUAUCAAUUAAUCAUUCAAAUAUAAUACAUGAAUCAAUUAGUGUUUAAUUUAUAACUUAUUUAACCUAUCUACAUUCAUAUUUAGAUGAAUACUUGACUAUUUAUGGAUCAUUAUCUCAUGAAACUAGUUUUGAGUUAUAAUUUGCAAUUUUUGUGCAAAUAGUUUAAACUUGUAAUAGGAUAGGUGUAUUUUUAGAAAUUCUAUUCUUUUUUUAUUAGAAUAUUGAUCAGUAUUUACUUAAAAAACAUUACUUUGAUUUUAAGGCUUUUCUUAAUCAUCAUAAAAUAGAUACUUAAUUAAAAAAGAAGGCAUUGAGUAAUUAUAAAUAUGAAAUGAAAAAUGAUAUACUUUAAUAAGGUUCAGCUAUUGAUACAAAAUCAAUCAAAUAUGUUAAUAGUGAAAUUUAUAAAAAAAUUGAAAAAACUAUUAAUGCUAAAUAUUUUCAGAAAAUAACCAUUUUCUCCAAAUUUUCAUAGGAUAUUUAAGAAAGACUAAUUGAAAAAAUGUCAUUUUAAAAUUUCUAAUCAAAUGAAAUUAUAUUGAAAUAAAAUUAUAGAGAUGAUGAUUCAUUAUAUUUGAUUAAAAAAGGAUGUGUUAAAAUUUGUUACAUUGGUAUUAAUAAUGCAUAAACUGGAAUUAAAUAGUUAAACAAAUUUUAAACUUUUGGAGAAGUGUCAUUCUUUACUGGUUUACCUAGAACAAGUAGUGUUAUAUGUUAAGGACCAGUUGAAGUAUAUAAAAUCACUAGAAAUGAUUUUUUAAAUGUCAUAAAAAAUAAUAGAUCAGAUUUUGUAUAUCUUUAUCUAUUAAUCUAGGAAAUAGCAUCAUUUCUUAAAGACUAAAUAAUAUUUGGGAAUCAAUACGAUUAAAUUGGAUUAAAAUGCUAUUGUUGUAAUGCACCAAAUCAUUUACUUAUAUCUUGUGACAAAUUACAUUAUAAUCCAAAUAAAGAAAAGAUCUUAAGUCAAUUUUCUUAUAAUCAUAAUCAAAUUAGAAAAUUAUGUACUAUUUAUAAUUGAAAAGUAGAUAAAAGAAAUGAUAAAAGAACUUAAAACAGUAGAGAUUAUUAAUUUUAAAUUGGUAUGGCAGGAGAAGAAUUUCAAGAAAAUAAUUUUAAUGCUGAUUCAGAUAUAUUAAGAGAUCUAACUAAUAAUUAGAAUUAUUUGUCAUCUACAUAUAUUUAAUAAAAUUAAUCUCAAUAAGGUGGUUACUUACCUGUUAUUAAUAGGGCAAGACCUAGUAAUACCUUAUUACUUAAUAGUGAAUUAGAUGAUCUUAAAGAUUCAUGUCUUGAAAUUGAUACAAACAUGCUUAGAAAAGAUUAACCUAUUUAUGCUUAAUAAAAUCCAUUUUAAAUGAAAAGUAUAAUUAAAGAACUUGAAUAUGAAGAUUAAAGUUAAUAAUCAAUUAAUAAUUAAAAUAUUUAAUAAAUAUAACAUAAUAAAUUUAAUACAGUAGAUAAUUAAGAUAAAUUAAUAGAUAUGUGUAUUUUGGGAUAAAAUAAUUUAUAGUAAUUAAAUUAAAAAAAUAGUCCAAAAAAUUCAAAUGUGUAAGAGUUAAAAACUACAAGAUAGAAUAAAAAAUCAUAUAGUUAUACUACUUAGACAGAUAUGUCUAAAAAAUUAGAAAAUUUUAAGGUAUCAUAUAGAUCAAAUCUACAUUUGGAUGAAGGUGAUAAAAAUCUUAUUGAAUAAUAUCAAAAGCAACAAAGAAGGAAAAGCUCACAAACUUAGAACUUUAAAUAUGAUGAAAAUAUCUUUAUUGGAUUAACAAAUAUAAUAAAUUAAAAUAAUUUCUUUUGUCUUUAAGAAGAUGAAGAAUUUGAGAAAGCACAAAAUUUUAGUUAAUAUUAUCCUUUUUUCAAUCCAGAUAUUAUAAUUAAAAAGUAAUUUAAUCUCUUAUAUUUUAUUAGGUAUAAUAAUUUAAAGUAAUAUGAAUAAUAAUAAUCACUUUUCAACAAAAGCAAAUAUACAAUAAGUUAUGUUUUAAGUGAUAGAAUAAAGGAAAAAGUGAACUAUAAAUAAAUUUGA